AUGCCUUUGAAGCUUCAGACUCCGACCCCUAUGUCUAGUCACAAGGUCCACCUCUUUGGACUUGACCUUAAGCAUUACUUACCAAAAGUCGCCCUUAGGUUUCACAAGUCAAACUCCCAUUUGAUCUUCAAGACUCUGUCUGACCUUCAAGAUUUCGGUAGAAAAUUAGGACUUCGGUUGACUUUGGUAUAA